UAUUAAGACACACGUAGCAUCACUGCAUUGAAGGCAGAUACAGCAGUGAUACUCUCAGCUGAUACGCCACCAAUCUGUCAGACUAUUGAACAGUCAAAGACUGGAGGGAGCUUCUGGGAACACAGGAGAAGACAAUCAGCACCCGGCAGACCCCAGACCAGCAUGACAGCUCUGAUCCUGUUGCUGCUCGAGUCCCUCCUAGUAUUCUCAUUAUCCACAGCGUCACCAGAGACUUGCCUGUCAAACGGCAAACAAUACAAACUCACUCCCUCUGCAGAGCCUGGACUGCGGGAGUGUCAACAGUAUUCGAAAAAUGCAUGCUGUUCUCCUGAGUACUUACACGCCAAUCUCCCCUCUCCAUUCCCCUGGGAUCAGUGUGGUCCUCUUAGCCACAGGUGUAAGGCACAAAUAAGCCGAGUGGAGUGCAUGUAUCUGUGCUCCCCACAUAUUUCUGAAUGGGGGGACCCUGAAUCUGCUUCUGGACUGAAUAAGCUGCCUCUGUGCAUUGGAUUCUGCAACCAAUGGUUACAAGCUUGCAAGGAUGAUUUCAUCUGUCAAGGGGACCCCACUUCUAGCGCAAACUGCUCCAACAGCUGCGUCACAUUCGCACAGGCAUUUUCAUCAAGCAUGCAGUUGUGUGAUACUAUCUGGGAUAAUUCAUUUGCAACUGAGGAACAGCCAAACCUCUGCAUCACACCCCAAAACAGCUUGCCAAUUGAACCAAAAAAAGCUUUGCACAAGAGGGACAUCCAGAUGAAUCCAAGCACUUCCGAUCUGGACAACACUGAAGAGGGUCCAUCUGGGUCAUCAGAAUUUCAAAAUGAACAACCAAAAGAAAGAAUGAGAAGAGCAUUGCAAAAUGUCUUUGAUCUAGACAACAUUGAAGAGGGUCCAUCUGGGUUAUCAGACCUUCAAAAUGACAUACCUAUAAAGAGAACGAGGAGAGCAUUGGUCAAGAGGAAUGUCAUUGAGCUUCCUACAACUGCUGAACUAGAAAACGCAGAAGGUCCAUCUGGGUCAUCAGAAUUUCAAAAUGAACAACCAAAAGAAAGAAUGAGAAGAGCAUUGCAAAAUGUCUUCGAUCUAGACAACAUCGAAGAGGGUCCAUCUGGAUCAUCAGACCUUCAAAAUUACAUACCUAUAAAGAGAACGAGGAGAGCAUUGGUCAAGAGGAAUGUCAUUGAGCUUCCUACAACUGCUGAACUAGAAAACGCAGAAGAAGGUCCAUCUGGGUCAUCAGAAUUUCAAAAUGAACAACCAAAAGAAAGAAUGAGAAGAGCAUUGCAAAAUGUCUUCGAUCUAGACAACAUCGAAGAGGGUCCAUCUGGAUCAUCAGACCUUCAAAAUGACAUACCUAUAAAGAGAACGAGGAGAGCAUUGGUCAAGAGGAAUGUCAUUGAGCUUCCUACAACUGCUGAACUAGAAAACGCAGAAGAAGGUCCAUCUGGGUCAUCAGACUUUCAAAAUGAACAACCAAAAGAAAGAAUGAGAAGAGCAUUGCAAAAUGUCUUUGAUCUAGACAACAUUGAAGAGGGUCCAUCUGGGUCAUCAGAACUUAAAAACUCUCCACCAAAAGACAGAACAAGGAGGGCUUUGUACAAAAGGAGUGUCUUUGUGGAUCUUACCGCUUCAGAUACAGGCAACACAGAGGAAGGACCAUCUGGGUCAUCCGAACUUCAAAAUGUCCUGCCAACAAAGAAAGCAGGGAAGGUUUUGCGCAAGAGAAACGUCUUCUUAGAAGAGGUUGAGGGAAGCGGUAGCAGUAUUUGAGGAAAGACAGGGUUGUUUUCUUCUACUUCAACAAUGCCUAACAGCCAAGCACUAAUAGGGCAUUUACUCCCAGGUCUCUUCUCUCAAAUGCUUUCCUUCAUCAGGGUUCAGAAAGUCUUAAUCAGAAUACAACAAGCUAGGGUCUCAGCAAGCACAAGUUGAGCCAGACUCUACAAUCUUAAAUAGCACACCCUGAACCAGCUUUAGGCAAAGGUCAUCCGAUCCAAGAGAUCCUUUGCAAAUUUUCGUUUACAAGUUGGUAUUUAACAUCACUAUAAAUCCUACCAUCAAAUUACAUUUGUUUCCUUUCAAAUCAAAGACAUAAAUCACUGUGCAAUCAUUUUCUGUAGGGAUUCUGGGGGGGGGGGGGGGGGGGGGAGGAACUGAUUUUGCUACAUAUCAACUUUAUAUUUCUGUCAAUCAAGCCAUGUGGUGAAAACCACACAGACUAAUAAAUUUUAAAUUCUGAGUUCUAAA